ACUCUUGGAAACAAUGUCAAAAGGUUCUUCGAUUAUUAGUGAAGUUGUGCAAGAGCUUAGCUCUCAGAGAGCUUCUCUUGAAGACACCUUAUGUCAAAUCACUUUUGCUCAUGAGUCGUUUGAGUUGCAAGCCAAUCAGGCAUCAGAAGACAUUCAUGAAACUGUUGCACAACAAAUCAGUGAGCUCAACCAGCAAAAGGAACGACUGCUGCUUCAAGUUCAUGAUAUUUGUGAAACCCAGGGGAAACAACUGAAAGCUAAGGAAGAAAAUUUGAGAGAAAGUAUCGCUGUCUUAUCAUCAGCUUUAGAUAAAAUUGAAGGGUUUUCACAGAGUCAGAUUGGAGAGAUCAAUCAAAGAGAAUUGCAGCAGUGCAUGGCUCAGCUGUUUCAUACCGUCAAGGAAACAAUUGACGGAGUUGACAAUCUCGACCAACAGAACUUAUGCUGUCAACUAAAUACAACAAAAUUGCAGGAAGUGAUCACCAAGUUUGGUGAAAUCAACAUUGUUGGUUCAAAAGAAGCAGAGUGCGAGACAUCUGAAGUUAUGUCUUCUAUGAAAGCAACUGUUAACACCAUUUUAAGCAGCUGCUUAGGUGUUAACAAGCAGUCUUGGUUUACAGAUGACAUUCACAUGUGGCUGGCUAAUACACAAGUAAUGAAUGUUGAUUUAUCUGCUACUGAAGCUGUUCUUCAAGGACUUCGAAAGCAAUCAGAAAAACAAGACCUUGUUUGGUUGCUGGAGCAACCAGCCACAGCAGAACAAUCAUCAUUUCACGAUGUCUCGGUGACUCAAGAUGAUGGCAAUGAUGGUAAUAGUUGUCAGUAUUGGCUUUUCAGUGGAUCAGAAACAAGUGAUGGGCAAUCUACAGUCAAGAACAAGACUGGACAGUAUGAAUUCUGCUCAUCUGAUAUGUGUGUUUGGCUUAGUUUCAAAGGCAAGUUGGGCAUCACCGUUGAUCAAGAAGAGGCUGUUGACAGCAACCACUUGAGAAUGAAAGAGGAUGAACUGGAAAGGGAAGCAACGGCUAUCUUACGUGCCGAGUCUUUUCGACACAGUCUUAAGCAGUUGGAAGAAGAGUCACGUGACUGGAGUCAAUGGAUUUACAGAGGCACCUCAGAGGCAUGUACUGCUACCAAGUCUUUAUCAAAUACUAUCAAUAUGAAUAGCUGGCAAGCAUUCUUGAAACCUCAAUCUGAUUCUUAUGCAGCAGCUAUUGCUACAGGAAUGCAAUCUUAUUUUUCUUCUCCCCUUACAAAAUGGUUGAGAAUGCCCUCAAAGCCAUCAGAUGGUAAUGUGUCAGAUUCAGAAAUGUCUACCCAACAGCAGCCUACUGAGGCUGUCACAUUUACUUGUCAGACCUUCAAAUCACCUGACUAUUCUCUUUGGCUGACGGCUUCACGUGGAUUUGAGAACAGUGAAUCAAGUGGUGAUUUAGAUAUGUGGCUUGCUUUGCCAAAAUAUGCUUCUGAAUACACAAGCAAUCAAGUUGCACAGGCAUUUGAGAGACUCAGAACAAACGAAUCUGAUUACACCAAGUGGCUGCUGCCUGAUUGCACUGUUGAAACACCUGUCACCUCUUUCAUGACAGAACAAAGUUGUGCUUUAGAUCAAUGGCUACUUUCUGGUCAAGAUGCAGCUGUUGUCACUGGAGGCUAUCCAUCAGGUGCUUCUUUGCUUGGUUUUGGUAAUUCACUAAAGUCGUCUCACCUUCACUGGUUGAUGAAAUCUGAUGAAAUGCAGAAGUCAUUGAUAGCUGAUUCACAAGAUUUGAACACUGGUCAUUUGAUUGCAGAUGAAAUGGCUCAAGUACUGAAGAAACAUGAUGAAAGUGCUGCUGACAUCAGUCAAUGGCUUGCCCCAUCAGUGUCAGGAUUGGAUCUGACGUUUGAGGAUGAUUCUGCUAAUAAUGAUGUCAGCCACUGGAUUGUCCAUAGAGAGUGGAGUAAAAACACCAGUGAGCAACUGCCUUGCAAGAGCCAACCAUUUGAGUUUGAUGACCUGAGUUUGUGGUUGUACCCACAAGGAUACAAGUCAGCUGAAUCUUCCACUUCAUCGAUUGAUGAAUUUAAGAACAUCAAAUUUUGCUUGAGCAACAAGUCUGUUGCAUAUCCACAUGCAGAUGUCGAUCCUAACAACAGUGACGAGAUUGUUGAGUUGGAAAGCAAUGCCACAAGUCAAGACUUUGAAAUCAUUGAUCAAUUCUCAAAAAGCAGUCAUUCAUCACUGGAUGACACUUGGCUUCACCAAUCUGAACAAUAGAAUAUCGUUCAAGCUGAACAUGCAUUGAAGCAAUUGGACGUAAUUUUACCGACUGAAAUUGCAAUAUUUGUACAUAUGUUAUUGAUGUUAGCUUAGUAGUCUACGUUGAUGUUGAUCAGCGGAAUUAAAUCCGGAUGUGUUCAGUUGAUGUGUUCGCCACAACAAUUGGAGAAAAUUCCAUGCAAUACAACUCGUUAUACAACCA